AUGGAUGAACUGCGUGGACGGGGAGCGAGGAGAGGAUUGAUGAUGCGGAUGUCAGAUGGGAACGCGCAGAACCCCGCUGCACGUCGCUGGGAUCGAUGUGGAUCCCUGCCUCUUUCCCUUCUCGCGCUGCAAGCCGUUCAUUCCAUCUCCAGCCUCCUCGGGACGCGAUGGCCUCUCCUGCCUUCCGCUCCGCUCAAGUGA